AUGAUGCAAUUAGCGAUCCCGUGGUGCUCUUGCGCAAGGUUUAUCAGACGGUUGACAUUGAGUGGUCCAACGAACGUGCGGCUUGGAUUUAUUGUGUUAUUGGCAAAAGAGACUACUUCGCGAUGCUCCACCGACCUCAGCCAAGACCAGAUAAAAAGGCUAAAGCAACUGGUGGUGGCCAAGAUCGAGGAAGGCAAGACCGAGUCGUUCCAUUGCUCCACGAUCGUCGUCUCGUACGCCUACGUGUGGCCGUGCCUGGUCCCAGCGCAGGGCGUUGACCGUGACAAGACUGCGCACUUGGCAUUCGCCGUCGACUGCAGGGGACGGCUGAGUCUUCCGCUACCGGCGGGGUACUUCGGGAUCUGCGUCGGUUCGUGCUACGUGGAGGUGGGGUCGGGCGAUACCGCCGGAGGAGACGACGACGGGUUCCUGGCGGCCUGUGAGGCCACCGGGAGGACCAUCGAGCGGCUAAAAGAGGGGUUGUUCGACGGCGCGGAGAGGUGGUUGGAGAAAACGUCGUAUGUGCUGGCGAAUCGAGCCAUGAGCGUGGCAGGAUCGCCAAAGUUGAUUUCGGGUGGGGGAGGCCACAGAAGGUAG